GGCUGGGCUCCGCCCGCCGCCGCCUCGCGGCGUUGUCAUAGAGACGGCGGCUGCGCAGGAGGGGGUUAUGCGGCUUUCCUACAGCAGCUGCAAUGGGUUCUGUGCUUUCCCUCUCCGUUAAUAACGCUUCUUCAAGGCAGAGGAAGAAGGCUGAGGAUGAUGACGAUGACUUACUCGAUAGCCGAGACCGUGUGGAAGACAUUGCCAAGUUCCCGUAUGUUGAAUUCACAGGUCAGGACAGCAUCACCUGUCCCACUUGCCAAGGCACCGGCUGCAUUCCCACAGAGCAGGUAAAUGAGUUGGUGGCUCUGAUACCCUACAGUGACCAACGGCUUCGUCCGCAGAGAACGAAGCUGUAUGUCCUGCUGUCGGUGCUGCUCUGCCUGCUGAUAUCGGGGCUGGUGGUUUUCUUCCUCUUCCCACACUCGGUCCUGGUGGAUGACGAUGGUAUUAAAGUGGUUCAAGUUUGGUUCGACAAGAAGAACUCCGUUGUCAUUCUUGCCAUCACGGCCACUUUACGGAUCAGGAACUCCAACUUCUACUCAGUGACGGUGACCAGCCUGACUAGUCAGGUGCAGUACAUGAACACUGUCAUAGGAACCCAGCAGAUCACCAACGUCUCCAGCAUCCAGCCGCUGAGUGACAAACUGGUGAACUUCACUGUGAAGGUGGAGCUGGGUGGACCUUUCUCCUAUGUGUAUUUCUUUUGCACGUUUCCCAAGGUGAAGGUACACAACAUAGUGAUCUUCAUGAGGACAUCGGUGAAGCUCUUGUACAUCGGCCACAAGACGCAGAGCGCUUUGGAAACGUACCACUACGUGGAUUGCAGCACCAACUCCACGGCCGCCCAGGACCUGCCACCUCUGCCACCCCCUUUGACACGAGGCGCAGCCAAAGCCGAGAGCAAGGCCUGAGGGCGCAGCUGACGUCUUCCGUGGGCGGGCGGUUGUGCAGAUGGGUUUAGAGAAGGGACUGGGAACUUUCAAAUGGAACCAGUGACUUUGGUGGGAGUUGUUUGGAAGCUCUGGGUCCUUUCUGCGCUUUCCUGUGGGCAGCUGGGCUGCGCUGCUGGCCUGUCUGCAUAACCCGCUUGGGGCAUUGCUCACACGCAAGCGCACAGAUCCCUUCCCAAAGUCGGGGUCCUGCUGGGCCUGCCUUCCUCUUGGCUUCUGAAGAACUAGCUUUUGGUAGGGAAACUGGACAGCCAAGCUUCAUGCUUUGGGGUCUGAAGAUCCCAAAGAUUUAGAGUUGACUUGUGCAGCUGUUUUGAAGCUUAGCCCUGUUGUCGGGUCCUUUCAGGGUAAACAGAAAUUAGUUCUGUGCAAUUAAUUUAUUCCACUUGUGUUUGGUGUCAGGGUGUCGCUGGCUUGUUUCAAAGCCUGGCUGGAUAAAAAGGGAUAGUUCUUUGCGAGGAACGCACAGAUAACCUCUCUAAUUUGCACUAGUAGGAGGCAAAGGAAUCGAAACCUUCGAAACACACUUUCCCUGUUGUGCAGAUUUCGUUUGCUGGCAGCUGAGGCCACCUACAGCAAACCAAUACCAAAACACCCCUGUCUUAAUGAGAGGGCCUCGGUAAGCGCGGCGCUGCUGGGGACGUGCGACGGGCCCCUGUGAAUUAGACCUUCCUCCUCCUCCGCGCACGGCCCUGAACCCUCCUCUCCCCACAUUUGGCAGCUGCGGGGGUCUCUGGGGCUUGAAACCGGGGAACUCGCAGCUCAGUGUUGCUUUGUUACUUGUGCCUGCAGCAAACGAGCCCGGAUUUAAACUGAUUUUGUGGGGGUUGCUGUUUUCAAAGGCUUACCCCCAGGAGCCGUUCCCGACGGACGGCAUCAACCCCGUUCUUAAAGCGAAUAAAUGCGAAAGCUCAGCCCGCCGCGGUUCUCGCUGCGGAGUUGUGCCGUUUGCAGCCGGCAGCGUUUCAUUCUGCCUCCGCCCUUUGUAGUUUUUCUGGCACUUGAUUGCUGCGGCUGCCCGCGUUUCCUCUCUGCCGGCACCUACGCCUGUCUCUGGCUGCCUGUUGGAUGCGAGGUUGUGUGACAGGGGGUCUCUGUGUGUGUGUGUGUGGUAAAAAAGCACAGAUAAAGGCUGCAAGGGAAAGGGAUCGUGGUGGUUUUCAAUGAAGGAUACUUUAUCUUGUGUGAGUGUGAAUUAAAAGCACACCUUGCUUUUUUAAAAAGUGGCGUUUCUGCCUAACGGUGUUUCUAGGAGUGAAUUCUACUUAUUAAAGCCGAGUUGUACA